AUGGUGAUAAGGAAAAAGCUUCCACUACGUCGAAGAGAACCUGAACCUCAACCUGUUGCCGAAGGUGAUGAAAUAUGGUCGGCUGUAUUUAUAGACUAUGACGGAGAUGAGUGUGAACCUGUACCCGGUGAUGAUUGUGAGGCUAUUGUUGAUGAUCCUGCUGAUGAGAUCGAAGAAUAUGAGAAUGAGGUUUCAGAAGAAGAAGGAUGUGGCGUACAAACUGAAGAAGAAGCUUGUGAAGUUUUCUCAUCCCACUUUGGAGAUGUCGCAAGUAAUGAUGGAGACGAAAACAAUGACAGUGGAGAUGAUGAUUGCUGGAAUGAGGAUAAUACGCCUGAUCCUGUAUCAUCUGAUGAUGAGGAAGAAGAUACGCGAAGGGAAGCUUGUGAGGAUGCAGCAUCAGCCGAUGAGGUCUUAGCAUUGGGGAAGACGUUUUCGUCUGCAUCAGAGUUCAAGCAAGCUCUUCUUAGGUAUUCUCUGAAAACAAGAUAUGAUAUCAAGCUAUACAUAUCAACACAAAUGAAGCUUGGCGCUGUUUGUUCUGACACUGAGUAUGAUUGUCCUUGGAGAGUGUAUUGUUCAUAUGAGAAGAGGAAACAUAAACUGCAGAUAAAGGUUUAUGUUAAUGAACACGCUUGUAUACGUUCUGGUUACUCGAAGAUGUUGAAGCCUUCAUCAAUUGCGCAGCUGUUUGCGGAAAGGUUGAGGGUGAAUCCUAAGCUUACAGCUAAGGAAAUUGGUGAAGAUAUCAAGAGAACAUACAACUUGAUUGUUACUGAAGACCAAUGUCAAAAAGCUAAGACUAAAGUCACAAGAGAAAGAAGAGCAAGCCAUGAAAAACACUUUUCUCGAAUCUGGGAUUAUGAAGCAGAGCUUCAAAAGACUAAUCCGGGAACCAUAACUGAGAUAGCGACCAUUCCUGGGCAAACACCAAGAAGCAAGCAAAGGUUUGAUCGUAUCUACAUUUGUUUUGAAGCACAACGUGCAGCUUGGAAGUCGACUUGUAGACCGAUCAUAGGACUAGAUGGUGCAUUUCUAAAAUGGGAUGUGAAAGGCCAAUUGAUUGCUGCUGUGGGAAGAGAUGGAGAUAACAGAAUUGUGCCGAUUGCGUGGGCAGUUGUAGAGAUUGAAAAUGAUAUUAGUUGGGCAUGGUUUGUGAAUCACCUAAAAGUGGAUUUACAACUCGGUGAUGGGAAAUGA